AUGUCGAUGUUCCGCGCCAAGAAGCUCGAUCUGGGCUGUUUCGUUAACGUACGAACCCUGCGUGACCACACAAAGCGCAAGGUCUUUGAGGCCAACGAGACAGAGCGACAAGCUCUCCGAUUCAUCAUCCGCAACACAACCCUCCCUCCCCGAGUCCGCGCUGAAGCACAGCUCCAAUUGACGCAGAUGCACUGCUACACCCGCCCAACACAGAUCCGAAACCGGUGUAUCAUGGGUGGACAGGGACGAGGUAUUCUGAGCGACUUUAAGAUGUCACGAUACAACUUUCGAGUGGAGGCCAUGGCUGGAAAUAUUCCUGGUGUCAAGAGAGCCAGUUGGUAA